UUAUCGAUACAUGGCGUUGUUUUGCGUCUUUGCAUCGUGUUCUUUUUGUUUGUAAGCAAAUUAUGGUGAUUUGUGGAAAUAUUUUGGCCAAGGACAACUACGAGCACUUUGUUUUGACCUGUGUGCACAGAAAUGAGUGCUACGUGGAGAUGGAAUUCGAGCGGUGGCGGGAUUUUAUCCUGCACAUCAAGGAGCACCGGGAGACGCAUUCAGAAGUGCAGGAGGAGAUGCCUGCUUCCGCUUGCAUCUCCUCCGACGAAAGCGAUGUCGGAACAUCUACAGCUAAGGUGUUCAUAGUGGAGGAGCCUUCGGAAGAUUGCCUAGCAGAGGACAUGUUCGUGGACCUGCCCGCUUCCUCCGAGGAUGAGAGCGUCGGCGAGGAGGAAGACGAUGUGGACGUGGACUGCCCCUCAAUGGCGGUUGACUGCGAACUCGGCACCAGCAAUUCCACUUACUUCGCACCCUUAUCUAAAUUUAAUCCCACUUUCUACCGACGGAGUCCACGAAUCACCCAGUUCAUCGAGCUGUACGAACAACAGACAUGCCUUUGGGAUCCGGCGGAUGAUUCGUACAAGAACAAGGAGAAACGCACAAAUGCCUACGAGGAGUUGCUGGAGCAAUUAAAGUCCACCGUGAACAUCCAUCUUACCACCUACAAGCUGAAGAAAUGCAUUGCAAGUCUACACGCCCAGUACGCGGCGAUUACGCGACAGAAAAAAACACAGAAGCUGACCAAGGUGCCACUAUAUUACCACGGCAAGUACGAUUUUUUGGCGGAGCGCGGAAGUCUGGAAGACAUAGACAGCGAUGAGGACGAUGGCGAUGGCAAGAUAAAGCUGGUGUUUACCGAGGAGAAUCGACUGACCACACUGUUUAUCGAGCUGUAUUCCAAAUUCCCUCAUCUUUACGAUCCAGCGCACAAGCACUUCUCCAAUUUGAGCGAACGUAAGUCAUCGCUCAUUGAGAUCACAGAUUUGUUGACUGCGGAGAUUUCCCUGGGCCUGAUCACCUACUACGAUGUGUACGAAAGUAUUCAGAGCAUGCGCCAAUGGUAUUCGCGACGUAUAAAAACCCUCACCGAUGUGCAAUCGGUAGGCCUCUCGCUGGCCGAGAAGCGGUACAUCGACAGGUGCAAGAGCUUCAUGCCCACUAAGACAUUCCGCCAGAAGCUCAAAUGUGAAGUUUGUGAGCACGCCUUCAGCACGGAUCACGCCCUGCAGGCGCAUCAAUUCCGGGAUCACAAGAUGGGCGAGGGCGGCUGGUUUAGGUGCACGUUGUGCGAGCUGAAUUUUGACCGAAGGUGCCACCUGCAGCAGCACAUCCAGCGAGUACACAUGAGCAAGGCAUUCGUCUGCGACAUCUGCAGUCGAAGCUUCGCUUUUGGCAACCAGCUGGCCUCCCACAAGCGAUCUCACGACGAGAAGCACGUGGCCAAGCCGUAUGUCUGCGAGUUUUGCGGAAAGUCGUUCAAGCAGAAAAUUCAAAUGACCACCCACGUGACUGCGGUACACACUAAAAUCCGGGCCUUCAAGUGCGACUUGUGCCCCAAGGACUUCCUGACCAAGCGCGACCUUAAGGACCACGUGAAGGCGCACUUGAACAUCCGCGACAAGGUGUGCGAGGUAUGCCAGAAGGCGUUUACAAAUGCUAACGCUCUGGUUAAACACCGGCACAUCCACAAGGAGAAGACGCUGCAGUGCUCUCUGUGCACCACCCGUUUCUCGGAGAGGGUUAGUUUGGGCGUCCAUAUGCGGCGCACCCACAAGAUCAUCAAGAGCACUCUAAAGGUGGCGGAGCCGGCCAACGACGCCCUAUUUGCACACACAUUCCCUCAGCCAUAAGUUGUUUCAAAUAAAUAAAAGACAUUUACAACAUGUAUUAUAAGUAGCUCUUAAUAUUAAAAACAAUAUGACUUUAUGAACAA